CAAGUCACAACACAAGCUAAACGAAACAUUCGAUAGGGCCCUGAAUCUGAGCCCAGAAUACGAGGGGUGUUCAAAGUGUUGAGAUUGAUCGAAAAGUUUUACUAAAAACAAUAAGGAAAAAAAGGAAAUGACACGGGGUUUUGAUCUUGAACUGACAACUCUACUUAUCGUCAGGUUUUUGUUGAUUUUUUUUUGGUUUUUCUUCCGAUUUUAAAAACUCUCUUGAGACCCUUGGUUGGGCAUUUCCAUGGUACAAGAGUAUCUGGUUGUUGAAACAUUCAGUCGGCGACUUUUCAAUCCAAACAUAUAACGCCAUAAUCCAUUAAAUGUACGUACAAAAAGUUCGGGGAAAAAUAGAAAAUUAUCUUUUUUUUGAUUGAAAUGCCCUCGUUGGCGUUCUCAAUCACAGUUGUUGUUGCUGACGUUAUUCAAGUAGUGUUUGUAGCAGUACGAAAAGAGAACGGAAACAGUGGAACGGAGAUUGUUCAUGCAGUUGCCUGUGUUGAUCAAAUCAUUCAUAGAAAGCGAUUGGAUGCCAAUCGAUAUGCCACGAAGAAAACUCUCGCUCAGGGUAUGUUGGACAUCGCAUUGCUCACCGCCAAUGCUUCACAAUUGAAAUAUGUCCUUCAAGUGGGUGAGGAGAAGCACCCUUUCUUCUAUCUCCUUCUAGUUCUCAUCAUUUCCUCGAUCGUUCUUCAGGCCUCAGUGGGUGUGUUAUUCCUGAUUAUCGGAGGAUUGAACAUAAACAAAGAACCGAAUCAAAAAAGGGCUAACAUUUUGAACGACGUCAUAGUUGUUCUCAUUUUUCUCAUAACCCUGGAUAACGUGGUUAUCAGCGGUUUUGGUAUACGACACACGGAUAUGAAUGUUAAUCCCGAAAGGCUUUGAAUUGCGUUCUCGCUUUCAAUAAACGGUUUUUUUUUAUUCCAA